GAGAGAGAGAGAAAAAGCGAGAGAGAAAGGAGACAUAACGAGUGAGACAGUGAGAGACACACUGUGUGCGAGCAAGAGUGUAAGAGCCAGAGAGAGGGAGAGAAACAGAGAGAGAGAGAGUGAGAGAGACAGCGAGACUGAGAGCUGAAGUAACAGUCUGCAGAGAAGGAUAACAGCCGCAGCAGAGAUGGACCUGCAGUCCGAGAGCGAGCCGCAACCGCCUGGCAAGAUCAACAAGGCCGCCUUCAAGCUGUUCGGGAAGCGCAAAUCUGGCAGCCCUGUAUCCAGCAUCUUCUCCAUCAGGAGUAAAGGGGAGGGGGGCAAGGGGGCUGGCAAGGCACCGCUUGUGAGAAGCAAGACACACGACGGAAUAAUGGAGACAACAACGGAGCCGGAGGGGAGCAAAAAAGAGGAGUCGGCAGGCGGCAACCAGCUCCACACGAUCAACGAGGCCGUUCCGGUGGCAUCCCCGCGGACCUCCUUCUCGUCCAUUACCUCUGUGAAAUCCCUGAGCUUUUUCACGCUGCUGCGGAGGAGCGGGCGAGCGGAGGGCGGCCAGGCAGCGCUCACAGAGCCCCGGCCUGGCAGCCGGCGGAGGAGGGGACUAAGGGGGCUGUUCAGCAGCGUCCGCUGGCAUCGCAAGAACCAGAGCGCCCAGGAGGGACAGGAUGAGUCUCCUCCGCCAAGCUUGCUCCUCGCCUCCCGCUCCAACAGUGUGGAAAUCGUAAAGGAGCACAUGACUCUGACCCCCAGGCCCCCGCCUCGCGCCCUGGAUGCCCCAACAUCCCCUGUGCCUGAACCCGACGAAGAACCGUCUACCAUCACAACCAAGGAUGCUGGGAGCCCUGUUCGGCAGAUGGUAAAUGGGAUGAAGGAGGGUAAAGACAUUGUGGUUGGAAGGAAAGAGAUUUCCCCCAAGGGCCCUGUUCUGGCCCCUCAGGAGUUGCCAGCUCUGUCGAUCAAAGCCACGGCUAGCACCAAAGAAGAUGGGGGCAGCAGGAAUGGGAUCAGCGGAAAAGCAGAGGGCAGCGGUUCGGGACAGGAAGGGGCUAAAACCCCUGCCCCUGCUGCUGCCACCACUCCUGUCUCUGCGCAAAUUCCAGUCUCCCCAGAUGGCACCCCUCCCCCAGGCCUUAAAACUGGAUUGGCACCAACAAAUAUUCUGGAAGACGAUGCUAUGGUCCGCAUGGACACAGUAGAAGAGGUUUCCAGACAAGACAAAGCUGGGGGCAGAGCUGUAGCCCCCAUAGACAAAGGGGAGGAGUUUGCCAGCCAAACUGACAUUGGAGAUGGAGGUGCGGCAAAGGAAGUUCGCAGCCAAGAGGCGACUGUCGAUGGCCAUCUUCAAGGUCCCCAGCACACACCGCUUCAAAAGACAGGGGGUUCUUCUGUGCCACCCUGGGCUGAGACCCCCCCAGCCCAGCCUGGUUCACGUCGACCGGAGAAGAGGCCACCCCCAUCAAAGACCCAGGGGCUCAGUAAGAUCCCAGUGAGCGGCUGCAACAGGCCAGGGAAGCAGUUCCGAGAAACUCCCCCAGAAGAGGGGCGAGGCAAGGACUUGCAGGACACCCCGCCGAACUUCGAUGAGGGGUACUGGGACUCGCCUGUGCCUGGGACAGAGGAGGAUGGUGCCAGCUCCUUGACUGGGGACAGAUGCAGCGGAGAAGCCCUGUAUGACGUGUGUGACCCCGAGGAGAGCCUUGGCAGCGCGGCAGCGAGUGAAAAGAAGACCCUGCACUCCGCGCAUGAGCUGAAACAGACUCCUCCCUCCCAGGCCUCUGCCCGCUCACUGAGGGCUAACUCCAGCCUGCCCCGCGACUCCAAGAUCCCUGUCAAGCUAUCGUCAGCUUCCCACUCUGCCACUCAGGGCGUGUCACCUGCUCCUGCCCCCACAGUCCACACACCCACGGCAAAGACUGAGGCCCAACGCACCAAGAUCCCAGUGUCCAAGGUGCCUGUUCGCCGAACCGCUGCACGCCCCACCCCCCACUAUGACCAGAGCAGGAAAUAGAAUCAGCAGCCACCCUGAACGUUCCAUCAAGGCUUCGGUAUAAUCAAUAAUAGACUCUUUUGAGCUUCAGUCCAAAUUUUAUUUUUGAUUUUAUA